AUGAACCUCUCCUUCAGCCUCACCUUUCUUGGGAGCCACCUGGAGCCCUGGAUGCCGGCCAACCUGUCUUUGUCGGGACAGCUGAACAGGAGCCGAGGGAUGGGCUGGGAGGAGCUAGAGAAGCUGCUUUUCCUCUUCAAUGACGAUCCGGUCAUCAUCGGCCUCACCAUCCUGUACCUGGUGUCCUUCUUGGUGGGGCUGGUCGGCAACGUCAUGUCACUCCGGAUGCUGACCCGGAAACGGAGCAACAACAUGCCCAGCCUGAAUGCCACCCGGAGUCUCCUGAUCAACUUGGCUAUCUGCGACCUGAUGGUGGUCUGCAUCUGCCUGCCCAUCACGACCGGGAACUUGAUCUACAAAGCGUGGGUCUACGGAGACUUGCUGUGCAGGGCAACGCCAUUCAUCCAGGCCGUCGCCGUCUCAGCCAGCAUCCUCAGCCUGACGGUGAUCAGCUUGAACCGCUAUUACAACGUGCACAACCCCCUCAAAGCCCGGUCCUUCUUCACCCGGAGGAAGAUCUUGAAUACCAUCCUGAUGGUUUGGGUCUUGUCUUCAGGCAUCAGCAUGCCUCUUAUAUUUAUGAACAAACGAGAGGAGAUCGGGGUGGGGUCCGACCUGCCGUUGGUGUUCCCCAUUUGCCGGGAAGUGUGGCCCCGGGAAGAGCUGAAGCAAACCUACAAUUUCUUCCUCUUCUGCACUCUCUACUGCUUGCCGGUCUCCUUCAACAUGGUCAUCUGCUACUUGACUGUCCAUCGGCUCUGGAGCCCCACCAGCACCCUGAGAGACUGCGGUGGUGCCUUGAAGCAGACCUUGCUGGCUUCCAGGUUGAAGAUCCGCCGGAAGGUGGUUCAAAUGGUCAUCGCCUUAGUCCUCCUCUUUGCCAUUUCCUGGCUGCCCAUUUACCUGGUGGACAUCUGGAUAGAGUUCCACAGCCCCAAGUCCUUGUGGGAUGAGGAACCAUCUCCUUUGGUCCUGCAACUGCGAGCUUUUUCUCAAUGGCUUAGCCUCACCAACUCCAGUCUCAACCCCAUCUGCUACUGUUUUCUGGGCGACCUCUACAGAUCGGCUAAGGAAAUGAGGAGCAGAUACCAAAAGAAGGUGGCUUCUCUUCUCAGCUUCUCUCCCUCCCGAAAGAGCUGGCCACCUUCUGUUCCUGAGAUGCUUUCUUACAGGAGGUCUAUGGACUCAGCUAAAAAAGAAUCGGACCUUGCAACAGGAAGAGAAGGCCACAGAGGCCACAGCCACAGCUGCAGAGACCUUGCCUAA